AUGUACCAGCAAGCAGGAGGGUACUAGGCAGUGUACUCAUUUAACAGCAAUGACUUAUCAGAAAAUUUCUCAGAUAAAUGGCGUUUAUACACUUUUUCUUUUCAAAGCAAGAUUGUCAAACAAAAUGAUCAAGCAUACUUGAGGAUUUUAAUCGAUGGUGUUCUAAUGAAUGAAAUAUAAAUUCAGAAUCAAGUUACACUUGAUAUGUACCCUGUUUCUAAAGAUUUGUGCGUAAUUGGAAAUUCUUAAAAAGCAGAUGAAUUUCUGAGAAGUAGCUUGCAUCCUGAUAUUAGAUACGUCAAGUUUCUUCAGACUCACAGAACUUAAGAGAAUUACAAUUUUUAUAUAAACAGUUAUCCUCAGGCAAAGCGUGCCAAUAUAGCCCUAUAUUUUAAACUUGACGAUAAGAAUAUUUUUAACUAUGAUUAUUACGAGAACCCUUAAGUAUAUUACUAUUAAGAUUAGUAUGAAGAACAUGAUAAAUCAUGGAAAUGCAAUACUACACAUUUAAAAGUAAUGAACAUCUAAAAAGGAGUCAAUAUAUUUACUGGACUUGAACUGAGAACUACCGAUGACUUAUAAAAUGGAUUUUAUAUGGAUUUUUGGAUUAAUAUUUAGCAAGAUUUAGAGGACAGUACUAACAAAAAAAGAGUGAUAUUUACAGCUGAUAAACUCAUUAGAGUCAAGACUUUAAAGAAAAAUAUUUUGCUUUAAAUAGGCAAUAGCGCUAAUGAUAUCGUUUUAAAUUAAAGCUAUAUUUAUUACAGAAAGUGGAGCUACUUUGCUAUUAGUAUUCUCUCUAAUAAAACAGUUGAAGUAUUUUAAGAUGGUUCCAAAAUAUCAACAUUCUAAUAUCAGGAGGAUUAGUUAUCAACUUUUUCUGGGUCUUAAUCAUCAAUUACUGGGUCCUUCCUAUCCAAUAUUUAUCGCCUGAGUUUUUCAAAUUCCAAUUUUAUACUUUCAGAUAAUCUAUGCGGUGAAGAAAGUCUUUUUUUGAAAGUAUAGAAUUCCUAAGACACAUACUAGGGUGCUUGUAAAGACAAUAACUAUCUACCAAAGUUUUAAAGCAUCACCAAUCAAUAAGGGCAAACGAAUAGUUUGUUUCAAGCAUAGCUGCGAACUGCUUAUAAAUUCAUGACAAUUGAAUUUUGGUUUUUUUACGAAAGAAAUCCAUCUUCAAAUAGCAGUUACAUUUACUCAUUUCUAAAAUAAUUCAAUGCUGAGGAAAGAUUAAAAGUUGAAAUUAUUUUCAAUACUUCAAGCAAUUUAGACAACCUAGUUAUAGGAUUAUAUGAUACUGUCAAUGCUAACUUAAACUUUAAUUAGUCAAUCUAGGAGUAAAAUUGGUAUCAUUUGGCAAUCACUGCCAAUUCGUAAUAGAUUGGAACUGUAGCAUAUUUGUUUGAUCCAUUCUCUCAGAACACCUAAAAACUUACCUCUAGAGCUAGUAUUACAUAACCAAACACUCCACUUUCAAAGACUUUUCUCGGAGGUGAUAUGAAAGGUAAUAAGAGAUUUGUAGGAUCUUUGCAAGAAUUUAGGAUAUGGCUUGAAUACAGGACUUUAUCAAAGAUAGAAAAAUACAGAAAUUUGGAAAUCUCAAAUGAUAAUUAAAGAAACUAACUAACUCACUAUUACAAAUUUUCCUGCAGUACUUCAUACAAUAGGAUUGAGAAUUUGAUUUCUUAUCAAAACGAUGACAAAUCGACUUAUGAUUUUACAAUCUAAAAUACGUUAGCAGUUGAUUCUCCAAUAAGGUAUGAAAAGUUUGGUGAUAAUACUGUUUUCAAAAUCAAAUGCCAAUUAGUUCAAUAUUCCAUUGUAUGCUCUGAAUGA